AUGGGGCCAGAAAGAUAUAAUAUGGAAGAAUCAAAGUGGCACAAACUCCCAGUUGAAAUUGUAGAGUUGAUCUUGAAAAAGUUGGCUUCCAUCGACAUUCUCCGCUUCGAAGCAGUUUGUUCUUCUUGGAGAUUAGCUGCAAAAUCUUAUGUUGCUUCCCCGUAUUACCAUCCCUUGCCUCAAGCUCCAUGGCUCAUGCUUCGCAAUGAUCAAGACGAUAACAAAAGUUGCCAAUUCUUUAGUGUCGAGGAGAAAAGGGUUUACACCAUUCCGAAUGUGUUUGAAGGCUUCCAUGAUGAUUGUUGCGUGGGUUCUUCCAAUGGCUGGCUGGUGAUUAUGGACAAGAAAGCUGCCUUAUAUCUUUUGAAUCCGAUUUCAAGAGCUACCAUUGAACUCCCAGAUAUUCAGACUCUUCCUGACUUCUCCAUCAACUUUUCAAGUGAUCAUAUUUCAAAAACUAUCGUUUCGUCGGACCCUUCUCGCAGCAAUAACUUUGUCGUGGCAGUGUUAACUAGACAAUAUUCAUCGUUAUCAAGAUUUGGAUUCUACAAGCAUGAAGAUAAAACAUGGAAAAGCUUAGAUGGUGCACGUCACAGAGGCUAUCAGGGUAUUAUAUUCCACCACGAACAACUCUAUGCACUGAGAUUGAACGCCGAAGUAGAUCUUUGGGACUUUGGGAAGCCAGUUCCUGUGAAAACCACAUACCUAUGCGUAUAG